AUGGCUGCCCGCUGCCUCCUCCUCCUGGGACUGCUCCUGGCCCUGGAACCUGCCUCCUGCCAGGAAGCCCGAGGCAGCCUCCAGCCAUGGUCACAAGGUGUCAUUGCAGUGGUUGUGUUCCUAGUCCUGGUGGCCAUCGCUUUCGUGGUCAAUAGGUUCUGGUGUAAGGAGAAAGUGGAAAAUGUUGAGACGGUGGUGAGCGUUGAGGACAAGCAGGACACUGUCAUGUCCAACGGCCAUGAAGGGAGAUACGUAACCACUGCAGCCAACUUCAGGUCCAAAGAAAACCAGCAUGCCUACGAGAACACCCUGGAGCCCGAGGAGAGGGUGAUCACCACCGCCAUGUAG